UAUCAAUAUUCAGAGUUUGAAAACGGAAUUCACCGGAGUUCCGCCGGCAGACUCUGUUACUAAAAGAAGCGUAUACUAUCUUGUAACAGUAAAGCGUCAAUCUUUGAUCGCCAAUUUGUAUUCUUCUCGAUCUGAUGGUUGUUGUCGAGGCCUGCAAGAUUGGCCUCUCCCAAUCCCCUUCUCUUUCCCUUCUUCAGGUCUCUUCCAUGAUCGUCGAUCCCUACUCCUCCUCUCUUGCUCUUAUGCACCCAGAUUCCACAUUUUCCCUCUACCCAUCUCUCUCCCCUUUUUCUUUAACUUCCCCUUCUCUUCCUCCUCCACAAACCCUAAUCCGCUACCAUUCCGCCGCCGCUUUUGUCCGACUCCAGAGUUCUAACCCUAAUUCUACUCCCCGCUCAGUCUUCGUCGCCUCCGGACCACACCGUGGCGGCGCCUCUGUGCACUUGAAUUUCUGGAUCCUCCGGGGUUCUCAAUCAUUCAUCAGAACUAACAUAAUUUGCAAUCAGAAGGGACUUGAAUUUGAAGGUAGUAAAACUGGGGUUGUUUUCAAUGUGAAUCAUGGAGUUUCUAUCAAGCUUGUUGGGUCGAUUAAUGUUUUCGCGAUGUACUCGGUUUCAAAUGCGAAAAUUUGGAUAUUUGCUUUGAAGUUUGUGGGAGGUAACGAUGAUGAUGAUGAUGAUGAUGCCGUGACUCUGAAGCUGAUGAAGUGUGCUGUCGUCGACUGUAGCAUGCCUGUUUUUACAAUUAAUAUCUCUUUCGGAUUCCUAAUCUUAGGGGAAGAAAAUGGGGUCAGAGUUUUAAAUUUGAGGCAGCUUGUUGAAGGUGGAGGUAGGAAACAACAAUCACAGCAGAGGAAAAUAUACAAUGCUGGAUUGUCUUUACCAAAUGGGUUGAGGCUUGGAAGUUCAGUGAAUCAAUCAAAACCUCUGUCCUCCAAUGGUUAUCUUGAAGGAAAGGUUGAAAAAGGGGGUGAACAUGUAAAACCUAAGAUGGUGAAGCUUAGACAAGAGUCCAGUGAAGCGUACAUUUCGUUUGUGGAGCUUAAGAGCAAGGAAGUGGAAAGCAAUGGUAGUCUCAAGAAAACAGUGACUUCAUCAGCUAAAGCAAUUUCUAUACAGACACUAUCCUCAAAUAAGUUUCUUGUACUCGACUCUACUGGAGAUUUACAUAUGUUAUGCCUUCCUAAAUCAGCUCAUGGAUCUAAACUUUCUUGUUAUGUGAAGCCCAUAUCCUAUAACAUUAAAGUUAAAAAAAUGGCCGUUCUUCCAGAUGUUACUAAAGGAACACGUGUCGUUUGGGUUUCAGACGGACACUAUACCUUGCACAGGGUUGAGGUUGGUAGUGAUCCUUCUGAUAAUGAAAGUGAAGAAAAGGAAGAAAAUAAGGAUGAGGAAGGGGAACAGGAAGAUGAAGAUGAAGAGGAGGAGGAGGUGGUUCAAGUAUCAGCUAGUCAAGUGAUUUUCAACAGUGAAGGGAUUCAGGACAUUGUUCCUUUUACCACCAGCUCGAUAUUGGUUCUUGGACAGGGAAAUAUAUUCGCAUAUGCAAUUAACUAAUGGCAUCUCAUGAUUCUCUAUUACGGUUUUGGAGUCAUUUGGUCUGUCAAUCCCCGGAUUCUGUUUACUGGUUUCAUUUGUUCUUGAGCUUCAUUUGUCUUAUCAAAGUGCAGUUUUGAGUAUGCUACUGUCCUUGAAGGCAGAAACGGAGUCUAAAUGAGGAUCAGUUGGAUGCUCUCUUGAUGAACUUUGAGAACCUGAGCAUCAUGGAAUCUUUUUCAACUAUUCAAGCCACGAUUGUUCCUCAGCCUGUUUCAUUGGACCCGCCUGGUUAUGCCUGAAGACACUAAACUAAAUUAACUUACUGGGCAACCAGUUCAGUACAGAUUUGGUGUGGGGCUUUAUGCUUCCUUGUUGUUGGGUGACAGAAUACAGAGUUAUUACGAUGGCUUGCAUGAAGUCACGAGGUAGCUUUUUGUAAAAACAUGUGAUUGGAUGGAUAUUUAUUUGAUUUUUAUAACUUUGAUAGUUGUUUGUUUAUGUGGACAUGCGAUAUUUCUUACUGUUUUUUAGACCUUUAAAUAUUGGAAUCUUUAUGUUUUAAGACAUUUGAAUGGUGAUAAUUUCUUUUGUACAAGAGACAUGAAUCUAAUACACACU